CUGGCUCCCUCUCUCGGGGCUCCGGAGUGGGCAGGAAGGGAGGGCCCGAGGGAGGGGAGGUGGGCUGGGAGUCCCCGGCUCCAUAUAAGGGCGAGGGCCGGGACGGCGAGGGGAGAGGGACGUGCGCCUGCGACGCCUGACUUUGGCCCGGCGCGCUCGACCAGAGGCGGAGAGACCGACCGCUCCAUUUGCGCACAGACGCGCCAGAACAUCUGUGAUUCAGUAACUCAGAAAACACCAUGAAAAACUGGAUUCUUCUGUGCACCUUGCUGUUGAUGGGUGAGACUCUUCCUGCUCGGGUACAUCGUACACGGAGGGAACUAGCACCUGGAUUGCAUGAACAGGGGAUACGCGAUGCAGAAGGCUCAUACUGUGGUCGGCAGGAUGCUUGUUGUCAUGGGAGGGAUGACGCCUGCACCGUCCUCUACUUCGAUACCCUUUGCUACUGUGACCUCUUCUGCAACCGAACCAUCUCUGACUGUUGCCCUGAUUUUUGGGAAUACUGUUUGGGCAUUGACCCACCAUAUCCAGUGCAGAAAGGCUGCAUUCGCAAUGGUGUCAAGUUCCAUGCUGGAGCAACUUACCAUGAUAACUGCAACCUCUGUACUUGCAGUGGGCAUGGCAAAUGGGAGUGUGAAAACCGUGUCUGUCUUAUCAAUGGGGACAUGAUCGAUGCCAUCAACAGAGGGAAUUAUGGCUGGAGAGCUUCAAACUACAGCCAGUUCUGGGGGAUGACACUGGAGGAGGGCAUUCGGUACCGUCUUGGCACCAUCAAGCCUCCCACAUCUGUCAUGAAUAUGAAUGAGCUUCAUAUCAACAUGGGCACCAACGAAGUACUCCCUUCCCAUUUCAAUGCUGCCGAUAAGUGGUCUGGGAUGAUCCAUGAGCCUCUUGAUCAAGGCAACUGUGCAGGAUCGUGGGCCUUUUCCACAGCAGCGGUGGCUUCUGACCGGAUCUCGAUCCAUUCCAUGGGACACAUGACACCUGCCUUGUCCCCCCAGAAUCUGCUGUCUUGCAACACUCGCCACCAACAAGGCUGCAAUGGAGGCCGCGUGGAUGGAGCCUGGUGGUUCCUGCGCAGGAGAGGGGUGGUGACCGAUGAAUGCUACCCCUUCACCAGCGAAGAAAAGGAAAGCUCCCUUGCCAGUCCACCUUGCAUGAUGCACACCCGAUCCACUGGCAGGGGAAAGAGACAAGCCACAGCACGCUGCCCCAGCUUACAAACUGACUCCAAUGAGAUCUACCAAUCCACACCUGCAUAUCGUCUCUCCUCAAAUGAGAAGGAGAUCAUGAAGGAGUUAAUGGAAAAUGGACCUGUGCAAGCCAUCAUGGAAGUGCAUGAAGACUUCUUUGUGUAUCGAAGUGGGGUUUAUCAGCAUACUCCUGUAGCAGCUGGGAAGCCAGAACCGUACCGACGACAUGGUACCCAUUCUGUCAAAAUUACUGGAUGGGGAGAAGAACGGAAGCCGGAUGGGUCAAAUCGGAAAUAUUGGAUUGCAGCCAACUCCUGGGGAAAGGCAUGGGGUGAACACGGCUACUUCCGCAUUGCCAGAGGGACCAACGAGUGCGAGAUCGAAUCCUUUGUGGUGGGUGUCUGGGGCCGGGUUGGAAUGGAAGAUAUGCACCACAAGAAAUAAGGAGAUUGGAUCCUUCAGCCUUGCAUUAUGAUAACAGGAAGAACUUAUUUCCUUCUGUUGGACCUAUGUUUUCUUCUCCUCAAAGCAUCUGGUAUCUAGAACAGUCACAACAGGACAUAACUACUAUGGGUUUGGCCUCCAAAGACAGCAACCUUUAUCUCUGUUCUGGGGGAAGCCUAGAACCAUCAUAUGGAUUUUGGACUUGGAAAGUCUUUUGGAGAAUCCUUCCUCAGAUGGUGGGGGGGGGAAAAACACCUGAGAACCUCUGAAAUGACUACCAAAAUGAUACAGUUUCUUGAAAAGGACCAAGAGAAGAUAUCCAAUCUGACAUUCUGUUAUGCAUAGCUCACAUACCCACAACCAAAGGGACCUGAAGAUAUCAGAAGGAAACCUUGCCAGGAUUCCCUACCAAGGAUGGAAAGUUGCAAGUGAUCUGAAGAAACCUGUUGACUGGGAGACCAACCAACACCUUUUUUUUAAAAAAAAGCCCUUUCUGUGAUCUACCUUACAGAACCUUCUUGGAAGUGAUGGCAUCUCUGGCUUGACCUUCCCUAGAGGCAACCAUGGUAAAAUAAAGAGUUGUCAUCCUCUUGGGCCAAAUUUUCAAGCAUCUCAGGUAGUACAUCUACAUAUAAGUGGAUUUUUAGUCCUAGCAAGCAUGUCUGUAGCAAUGGCCACUGACUCCAAAAUGGCGGAUGAACUAGAUGAAAGAAACCCUGUAUGCGUCUGCAAUGUGUCCUUUCAAGAACAGCUAUAUAGGCUGAAAUCAACCCAUCCGGAGAGAGGCCAGACUGUGGGAGGCUGGCUUAGCCUCGAUUCUCUGUCAACCUGGAACAAGUUCUUUCCUGCCUAUCCUAUCUUAGAACAUAAAAUCACAGGGCUGGAAGAGACCUCACAGGUCUUCCAAGGCAAUAAUCAAAGUAAUCAAAGUGAAGAAAGUGUUUGAUAUCCUUUAGGCAACACUGCCCUUUCUCCAACAGUCCUUCUCAGCUAUGUUGGGCUUCCAAGCCCCACAAUUUCUAACACGGCCAUCUAUGGACAUCAAGGCACAAAUCCCUGGAGAGUACCAGGAUGAGGUCAAGCUGCCUUGUGUGUCUACCACAAUGGAAGGAGGACGUCCUGUGUUUCUCAAGCUUCCUUGUUCAGCCCACCAUGAGGUAUUGCUGCUCCAAAGACAAUGCAAUUCCACCACAGCUUCAGCAGCUGAGUGCUUUGCCAAAGUCCUUCAGUUGACUUUCCAAGCCAAGUUGAAAUCAGCCCCCAGGCCACCUGUUUUAGGCCCAUCUAAACUGGAAAAUAGGAGGAAAUUCUCCUCCUCCUGUCUCCUCCACCUCGUUUCAACCCCCAUGGAUAUUUUUUUUUUAUUUUCAUGUCCCUGCCGCAUAGCCAAACACCAACUUUUGCUGAGUCCAAUGACUUGGUGCACCAUCCUGGCUCUGACCCACAGUGAAAACUUUUUAUCCUCCUGCCUGAACCCACUCUCGGUUUACCCCACUGCCUUUCCUCUUUUUCUUUUUCUUUGUCCUUUUCUGGCUUUUGAUGCCCGUCUCUGCACCUUCCGUGCUGGCGUGAGAGUCUCUCGCUGUUAAGCCUUCCUUGGCUUAGUGGCCCUUUGUUGAGAACUUAAGGCUGUUGAAAGGGAAGGCCUUCAGCCAGCUAGGCAGGUUGGUUUUGUCCCAUUCUGCAAGCUUUGCAAGCGCCAGUGUAAACAUCGAGCGGCUGCCAUUUGUGUGAAAGAAGCGGAAAAAAGCGCUUUAAAAGGCGCGUGUUCAUGCAUGACCGAGGCGGGGAGCUUUGGAAGAAGUGCCUGUGCUAGCAGUCCUUCCAUGGAGCCGGAAAACUCUUUUAUGUGAGGAUGAAGGGAGAAAGUGGAGCUUCCUCCCCUAAUACCUGAUCAAAGCAGAGAUUAGGGGAAUCUCGGCCGAGUUGUCCUGGUGGGGAAUUGGGAGGGGACUAAUCAAGGUUAGCCUUCAGGCUGCCAUUAGAAGCUGGUCUAAUGGGCUGCUUAGUUGCAUUCAUUUGAAAGAAAAGGAACAUCCCUUGUCUCUUUCAACUUGGUUACUGAAAACACCCAUUUUAUGGAUUGGAACAAUUGGUGGAAAUCCCAAAAGCUGGACUUGUACCAUAGGCUAAGUUUCCAAAGAACAAAAUCAAAUGAAAACCAGUCCAACGAAGCAUGGUCCAUAAACACAGCUGCUAGAUUUGUAGCAGAUCUGCUUUAAAGUAUAAUUGUGCAAACCAGGGUAGAAAGCUAGCUUUUCAGGCUGGGCUUGAAUCUGUCCUGUUCUCAGUCAGGGGCGUUUUUAUGACUAUUAAAAAUAAAUAAAUCAUUAUUUGGUCUAAUUGGCCUUCAUUUGGCAAUCCAGGCCAAACAAAGAUGAAGUUCCUUCAGGUGAAUUGAAACAGAGCUGUUGAUAUGCAACCACCAUCCACAGGCAUCCGUAAUUCCAUUUUUGGUAGGUUUUACAGCCACUCAGUUUGGCAAGGAGGACCUCCAUGCCAGCCUAUCUGUCUGUUCUAUCCCUUGCUUAGCCUUAGGCUCUGUGCUGUAGAAGUUAAAGUUCAGAUGUGUAUCCAAAGGGUAAAACCUCCUUUCAGUUGAGCUCUGUUGAUCUGACACUGUGCAUGUGCAUCUAUACAUAUGCAGUUUCCUUGGCUACGUUAUGGAAAUAGUUGACAAUUGAUCUUUUUCAGAUUUAUUUUCAACUUCCCAGUCUAGGUCUACAACCCUGGGAUGUUUUAGAAGUCUACCGUCUCCCAGGACCAACCUCACCUAACUUCUGAAUCUUCCUGUUACCUAAUCAAAGUUGACACUUGAGUGAAUAAGCAAAACGCCAACAAAAUUCCCCUC